AUGGCUUCUAUUUCCAAUGUAUUGCAGCAUCAGUAUGAGGGCUUUGAGAAAGAUGGUGGUCUGAAGGAGAUGUUUUCUGAACACAGUCGUCCCGCCAAAGCGGAAGCGACUAGAAAGCUAAUGAACACUAAGAUGCAAGAAGGAACUUUAUUCCUUGCGCAUUUCAAGUUGAAUGUCAACAUGAAUAAGAUAGUUUUAACUCUUCCUGAGUUACUUAACCAGUUUCAAACUGCGAAAGGAAUUUUGCACAGUAAAAAGGCAUCUGGAAGUGUUAACUUAGCGGAGGAUUCUAAGCGCAAACCUAAGUGA